GAUGACUGAGGAGAGCAUUGUUUCUCUCAGGAGCAGAAGCUGCGGUGGAGUUUUAUGGUCAGGAUGAAGCCAGGAGGUGGAGGAGGAGCUCAAGAAACUCCUAAAACCCAGGAGAAAUCAUCGACUGAAUUUGCUGUACAGUGUGGUGAAUGCUUCAAAUGGAGGUUGGUUCCCACAAAAGAAGAGUUUGAAGACAUCAGAAGCAAAUUCAUAGAGGAACCGUGGGUCUGCAACAACAAAAAUGGUGUCUCCUGUGAGGAUCCUGAAGAUAUCAAGUAUGACAGCAGCAAGAUUUGGGCCAUUGACAAACCAAACAUUCCAAAGACCCCAGCUGGUUUUGAGAGAAUCUUGGUACUUAGAAAAGAUUUUUCUAAGUUCGAUGCCUAUUAUGUUACCCCAACUGGAAAGAGAGUGCGAGCAAUUACUGAGAUAGGGAAGUAUCUUGAGGCACAUCCUGAGUACAACAAUGUGUCUGUUUCAGAUUUCAGUUUUGCGUCGCCAAAGGUAAUGGAAGACACAAUCCCUAGAAACGUGGAUGGCAAGAAUGGUGGAAGUAGCGGUAAGAAAAGGAAAACAUCGAUGAUGAAUGAUGAUGAUGAUGAUGAUUGAGAACUAGUGGGUUGACAGACAGUGGUGCUGGCUAAACUUUUCAUGAUUUGAAUUCUAUGUGCAAUGGAACUUCUUGGCCAGUAGUUUAAUAAUUCUCAUGGUUUUAUUUGGAUUCAUUAGAUAGUAGUUCUUUGCGAAAUUAGUUUAUCUUGCCUUUGACAAAUGUAUCAGAUGCAUGGUAUGUGCUGA